GUUAUUGAAUUAAAGUUGGCAGUUGUGGCCUUGGGCCGGCUACAUCCUGUCAAAAUCGGGAAGGGACAGCUGUGUGGGUGCAGAUGAGUUAAGACUGAGAUUUGACACAGCUGGUCUGUGGGAAGUUGCCGUUUGGAAUCAGCGCAAGACGCAAGAAGUGUACCGCAGAUCUAACAUGGACGAAAAGAGGGUGGUCUGAGAAUGACAAAGUGAUGAUACAAGAGCUACUUUGUAGCAAUGUCUGGCGUCGCAGCUUAACAAACAAGACGGGUUUGUAGUGGGGAAAGGUUACAGGCUGACCAAAGUGCAGAGCUCGUUCAUAAGAUACUCAGACAACCGCUCGCCACGGGAUCUUUUUUUUUAUAGUCCGUUCGCUUGCAUAACUUCUGUUAAAUGUACACGACGUUAUUCACUGGCUAGGCAACAAAGCAUAAUGUGGUACUUUUGCGAUAUCUUUGGUCGAUUUUGGCAUUCGCAUUUAAUUUUAUUGAAUUUAGUUGGGUUUUUCAUAGCACCUGUAACCUCACAUCCACAAUGCUUGGACUUCAAGCCCCCUUUCCGACCUGAAGAUGAGCUCCAGUUUUGCGUAAUGUAUAAGUAUUUUGGUUGUUGUGAUUAUGCAAAGGACCAGGAGCUGAUGGCGAAAUAUUACAAGAUCAUGGACAAUUUUGACUAUUUUGGAUAUGCCAAUUGCGCAGCGUACGUUCAGGGCUUGCUAUGCCAGGAAUGCUCACCGUAUGCAGCGCACCUGUUUGAUGCCGAGGACUCCAGCACACCUCUCAGGACCAUCCCGGGGCUGUGCCCCGACUACUGCUCCGCUUUCCUGGACAGGUGUGAGUCCACCCUACCCCUAAUCUCCGACGACCCGCGGGUCACCGAGCUGAAGCACGACAAAACCCAGCUGUGUCAGUACCUACAGCUGGACGACCCCGACUACUGCUAUCCCCACCUGCUGAGCAACGAGCACCUGACCAAAAACCUGGGCCGCGUGGCCGAAGACCCCGAGGGCUGCCUGCAGCUGUGCCUGGAGGAAGUGGCCAACGGUCUGCGCAACCCACUGGCCAUGGUGCACGCCAACGACGGCACCCACCGGCUCUUCGUGGCCGAGCAGGUCGGCGUGGUCUGGGUGUACCUGCCUAACCGCUCCAGACUGGAGAAGCCCUUCCUGAACAUCUCAGAGGCCGUGCUCACCUCCCACUGGGAGGGGGACGAGCGGGGCUUCCUGGGGCUCACCCUUCACCCAGACUUCAAGUACAACGGCAAGCUGUAUGUGUACUACUCCAUCGAAAUAGGCUUCGAUGAGAGGAUACGCAUCAGCGAGUUCCACAUCUCUGCUGCCGACAUGAAUGUAGUCGACCACACGUCAGAGAGGGUUAUAUUAGAGGUGGAUGAGCCAGCGUCUAACCACAAUGGUGGCCAGAUCCUGUUUGCUGACGAUGGGUAUCUGUACAUCUUCACUGGCGAUGGGGGGAUGGCGGGAGAUCCCUUUGGGCUGUUUGGUAACUCUCAAAACAAGUCUGCUCUCUUGGGCAAGGUUCUUCGCAUCGAUGUUAAUGAUAAUGACAAGGGACCGCUGUACAGGAUCCCCCCAGACAACCCCUUUGUUCACGAGCGCGGGGCCCGGCCGGAGGUCUUCGCUUACGGGGCACGGAACAUGUGGAGGUGCUCCGUGGACAGGGGCGACCCCGUCACCAGGGAGGGGAAGGGCAGGAUCUUCUGCGGGGACGUGGGGCAGAACAAGUACGAGGAGAUCGACAUCGUGGAGAAGGGCAGGAACUACGGGUGGCGUGCGAAGGAAGGCUUCUCGUGUUACGACAAGAAGCUCUGUGCCAACAGCUCCUUAGAUGAUGUCUUGCCUAUUUAUGCCUACCCGCAUAAAAUGGGUAAAUCAGUGACCGGUGGAUAUGUCUACAGAGGUUGCGAGUACCCCAACCUCAAUGGCAUGUACAUCUUCGGAGACUUCAUGAGUGGGCGCCUGAUGAGUUUACGAGAGAACCAGCACACGCGCCAGUGGGACUACAAAGAGAUCUGUAUGGGGAUGGGUCUCACCUGUGCCUUCCCAGGUCUGAUCAAUAACUACCACCCCUACAUCAUCUCCUUCGCUGAGGACGAGGCGGGGGAACUUUAUUUCUUGUCUACGGAGAUCCCAAGUGCCACCUCUCCCUCUGGUGUUGUGUACAAAGUGGUGGACCCUUCAAGACGCGCACCUCCAAGAGCCUGCCAUUACGACCCACUACCAGUCAAAGUCAAGGGCAAAACCAUAAAAUUCCAGCCAAAGGAAACAUUAAUCGGCGCUGAAUUACCAAACUCGCGCCAAGAGAUUCCAGACUCCAAUGACUGGUUGGAGGAACUCAUGCGAAUUCUGGACGAGCCUGGGCUGCAGACCACCCUUAAGCCGACCACUACCACCAGGGCUCCCAGGACUACCAAGUCCCGCAAGGGCCGGCGCAGGAAACAGGGCCGACACCGGUCCGACGCAGCACACCAGAAUGGAGCCGUGCGAUUGGCCGGAGACGAAAUGGGACGUGCCGACCGGGGCAGAGUAGAGAUCUUCGCCAAAGGCGAGUGGGGGACGGUGUGCGACGACCUGUGGAACACAAAGAACGCCGAGGUGGUGUGUCGGCAGCUGGGCUACCGGCACGCCCUCAAGGCUUCCAAAGCGGCGGAGUUCGGCGAGGGCAGCCACCUGAGGAUCCUCCUGGACGACGUCCAGUGUCAGGGAACAGAGGCUUCGCUGCUGGACUGCCAACAUGCAGGCGUGGGCAACAGCAACUGUGCACACUAUGAGGACGCAGGGGUCAUAUGCGGGAACUCCUUCGAUAACGGACACUGAAAGCCUCCGCACAUAGGCGCCGACAUGAGUGCGGUGUGCGCCACGCUCGGCGUUCGAUUACAUUAGAUUCCAGUGUUUCCAACACAACCCCGCACGCCAUCGCCAAACCCUAUCGCCGCCGCCAUGUAGAUUUAGCUCUGUUUUUGCAUUCCAUUGUUCCAUUGUUGAACAUUUCCAUUGUUGCCACUGAUGUGACAGAAGGUGUCGGUCCACUCAAGUCGGCCCCUAUAAUCGGAGUGCAAAAAUGAUAAUAUGACCACAGCACACGGGGAUGUGAUCCACUGGUCUUAGCGAAACAGAGAAAAAUCUACCGCAAUGAUUUGCCCAGGAAUAUUCGAGCUUUGCACUACCUCCUCUGUCACAAACAAGCAAAUACACAAACAAGUGCAGCUGUUUUGCUCUAGUAAUUUUACCAGGCUUUAUUCAAUAACCUUAAUUGACCUGAUGUAAUUGACAUCAUGUUAAUACUACCUUUAUAUUCAGUUCAAAAUAAAUGUUUAACAAAAACUGA